AUGUUGAUUUCCUAUCUUUCUUUCUUUACCUUUUUAUCAGUUUCUUUCUUUUCUUUCAAUCUUUCUUUUCUUUCUUUUUAUCUUUUCAAGUUUUCUUUACAAUUUUCUGAACACUUUCUUUGGUUUCUUCCUUAUCUUUUCUUUCUUUAUUUUUUAUUUCAAAAUUUAAUUUCUCACCUUUCUUUUUCUUUUUUUUAUUAUUUCUUAAACAUUCAUUUUUCUUUCUUUUCUUUCUUUCCUUUUAUUUGGGAUGUGAUAUUCUAUUAUACAUUUAAUUUCAUUCUUUUCUUUUUUAUAUUAUUUAUUUUCUUUCUUUUUUUCAGUUUCUUUUCUUUCUUUUUUAUAUUUCUUUAUAAAACAUUUCUGAUUUCUUUCUUUUCUUUCUUUUUUUCCUUUUUUCUUUUUUUUCUUUUAUUUCUUUUUUUUAUCAUUUCUUUCUUUUUUUUUUUAUUCUUUUUUCUUACACUUUUAAUUUUUAAUAUUUUCUUUCUUUUCUUUCUUUUCUUUCCUUAUUUCUUUCUUUACAAUUGUUUUAUUUCAUUUCUUUUUCUUUUCAUUUUUUUCUUUCUUUACCUUUUAUUCUCAUCUCAGACUUUCUUUUAUUUGUUUCCUUCUAAAAACCUUCUUUCCCACUGUUUUCUUUUCUUUCUUUAUUUUAAUAUUUCUUUUCUUCUUUCUUUCUUUCCUUUUCAUUUCUUUUCUUUCUUUUCUUUCUUUUUUAUUUUAUAUUUCUUUUUGAACAGUUUUUUCCUUCCCAAAUCUUUUAUUAAUAUUUUUCUUUUUUCAGAACUCUUAUACAUUUUCUAUCUUUUCUUUUUUUUCUUUCUUUACCUUAAAGAAAUGGGAUGGGGCAGAAUUGAAAAGUUUCAUUUCUUAACAGUUUCCUUUUUUUUUCUUUCUUUCCUUCUUUAUUUUUUGGCGGUGUUAGUUACUAUUAUACAUUUCUUUUCUUAUCUUUUCUUUCUUUCCUUUUAUUUUGUGGCAGAGUUCUAUUAUUCAUUUCUUUUUUUCCUUUUCUUUUCUUUUUUUAAAUUUGAUUUUUUAUAA